UUAAUCACACCAAAAUUAUAUUUUAUCAAUUUGGUUGUGUAUUGUAAUGUUUGUGAAGCUUUAAAGAGUUAACAGAUGCGUCUCACGAUAAAAGGAAUGUACCUAUCAUUAUAAGGAAAACGCAUUUUUAGAAAGUUAUUCCAAAAAAAUAACUAAAUUAACAACCAGUGCGAGUUCUUCAAGCAUGAAGCCUACCAAUCUGGCGUUACUUGUGUUUGGUAUCACGGGUAUGCUUCUUGUUUUUAUUCUGGGAUAUUUUUCAUCGUCAGAAAAAAUAUAUUUCACUGAUGUUCAUCCACAUAUAAAGAACAGUGACACACAAACUACUUCAUUUAAUGGUGAAUCAAAUUCCAUCAAUAACAAAACUUUGGUAAUCUUGUGGUACAACCUUCCAUUUUAUUUAAAGUCUUCAGUGACAUAUUUUCAAGCGAACAAGUGUAGCAAUUUUAGAUCUACCUGUAUAUUAUCAACUGUUAAUUCUGAUAUAAUUAGAAGUAGUGGUGUUAUCUUCACUCAUUCAACUCUGCCAAGAACUCCUCCCAUGAGGAAUACAUCUCAAGUCUGGAUUUUCAAUACUCUGGAAAACAAAGCAUUCACACAUUGGCCAAAUAGCGCUUGGGACUAUAAAUUCGAAUGGACCAUGUCUUAUCGUAGAAAUGCUGACGUUUCAAGACCAUAUGGCAAAAUUAUAAGACUGGACAAAAGUAUACAUAGAAAUUAUUCUGAGGUUUUUCGACAGAAGACAAAAUUCGGUGUUUGGAUGUCUGGUCACUGCCCUGUCCCAUCUCGUCGUAAAGAAUAUAUUGAAAAAUUACAGAAGUACAUAGAUAUUGACACGUUUGGAUCGUGUGGGAAGAAGAAGUGUGGGACUCGAACUCCUGCUAUGAAUGAUUGUUUGAAGAAUUUCUCUAGGGAUUAUAAGUUUUAUUUCUCCUUCGAGAAUAAUAUUUGUAGAGAUUACUCCACAGAAAAAGUAUUUAACUUCUAUCAAUACAAUUUGAGCAUCAUACCAGUUGUAAAUGGUCCACCUCAAGCACGUGAAUAUUUACCAAAGGGAACUUUCAUAAACACUUUCGAUUUUACGUCUCCGGAAAAAUUGGCCAAAAAACUUAAAGAAAUUGGAUCCAGUGAAAAAUUAUAUACUCAAUAUCUGAGAGAAAAAGAUAAAUAUGGUUCUUUAAAUAACUCUGAAAUAUUUCGCGAGUCAAUGUGUUCUGCUUGCAAAAAGCUAGAUCAACUAAAGGGUAGAAACAUAAUAACAAAACCGAAAGUGAUUGACGUGUUUAAAAAUGAAUGUUAACAGUUCUUGUAAACAUUUGGAGGGAAAACUCUCACUAACAUCAUGAACUCAUCCUUAUAGUUUCUUUAUUAUUUCUAACAUUUUAAUUAAUCGCUAAUUCCCUGAAUUUAUUAAUAAAACGAUUUGAUGCUCGAAAGGACUUUAUUUGAUAUGGGCCUAAAAUGGCCCCCAAAAAUGAUCAUCGUCAAUUUACUGUAAUUCUUUCAUUUCUUUGUACAGAUAUAUAUGUGUAGUUUUUACAUAAUGUUCAUUUUGAUUCAACUGCCCACAAUUUAGAAAUAUGACAUCGUAAAGACAACCUUUUCCCGCCAUUUUUGCAUUUGUAGCAUACAUUUCAGAAGACAUAGAGCGCGUGCUUGUACAAACAAAGUAUUUUAACCAGAGAUGUAUCUAGCCAAGGCUAAUAAGUGAUAAAAAAAAUUUCCUUGAUCAUGCAUGCGCUCUAUAUUUCCCAUUCAUAAAAAUAUUAGAAAAAUGUCAAUUUUUGGCUGAUUUUGAUUGAAUUAUAAGAAAUAAUGUCACUUCUGACGUCAUAUACUGCCAGUGAGUGCAAAUAAAACAAAUAAAAAGGUGA